AUGGACGAAAGCACCGAUGUUUCUGGGUUGUCCAUACUACUUUUUUUUACUCAUACUCAUAAGAAAACCACUCAAGAAGAGUUGCUUAUUUGUGAAAGUUUAAAAACGCGUACCACAGGAGAGGAAAUUUUCGAUGUUUUAAAUAAGUACUUAGUGAAAAAAAAAAUAUCAUGGCAAAAAUGUGUGGACGUAUGCACGGAUGGUGCUGCUACAAUUGUUGGGAAAAUAAAAGGUGUAAUAACCAGAAUUAAAGAGGUAGCUCCAAAAUGUAGUAACAGCCACUGUGUUUUAUAUCGCCAUGCAUUAGCAACCAAGAAAUUUUCACCAUAUCUUAAAUCAGCACUAGACGUAGGCUUUCAGUGUGUGAAAUUUUUAAAAUCACGCCCUUUAAAAACAAAGUUGUUCAAGAAGCUCUGUGAGGAAAUGGGAAGUGACCAUCAGAAUCUUCUUUUACAUACAGAAAUCAGGUGGUUGUCCAGAGGCAAAGUUUUAACAAGACUUUUUGAAUUGCGAAAUGAGGUAAACAUUUUUCUGAAGGAGCAUACGAAAACAAAUCUUUGA